AUGGUAGCUGAAAUGGAAGAUUGGGUACAUCGUUUUGUGAUGGGACUUGGGGCUCACUUGAUUAAAGAUUGUAUGACAGCCUCGCUACAGAGCGGCAUAGAUAUUGCUCGUAUUCAGGCAUAUGCUCAAAAUUUGAAGGACCUUAAAUGUCAGCAGCGGAUAAGCAAGACCCGAAUAGAGGCCAGGCAGCGUUAUGAUCGACCUAUUUAUUCAGGACCGGGUCAGAAUUCGAGAGUACCAACUCCUUCUUAUAGGGGAGAGUCUAGCCAGGCAAGGCCUCCCUUGCCCCGUUGUGACCAGUGCGGUAAAGGCCACUCUAGCCAGUGCAGCCAAGGUAUGGGGGUGUGUUAUUACUGUGGACAGCCAGGUCAUGUUAUAGGAAAUUGUCCAUCCCGUGGCAGAGGAGGCCCGGCUCAGCCGACAAGUUCGAUCGCAGGUUCUUCAUCUUCUGUUCGCCCUCCUGGACAAUUUUCUUCUCCAGCCUCAGCAGGUAGAGGUAGGGGAAGAGGUCAGGUGUCUGGUUUCGGCAGCAACCAGAAUCGUAUUUAUGCACUUACAUGA